GAGCCGGUGGAAAGUAUGGCUAGCAGUAACGUAGCAGGGGAAAGUGACUUAUUAAGAUAUGCUGAAUACACUCCCAAAACGAGUAUUCGGAGUGAAACAGACAUUGAUAAACGAUUUGGCGGGACAUUGAUAGCUGUUGGACUUGGUGUUGCUGCUGCUGGUUUUGCAGGGCGCUAUGCAUUCCAGCUAUGGAAGCCUCUAGGACAAAUCAUCACAGAAACAGCAAAGAAAAUGCCUACCUCGGCUUUUUCUGCAUAUUACAAAGGGGGGUUUGAGCAGAAGAUGACGAAACGGGAAGCCAGUCUCAUACUGGGGAUCAGCCCAACCAGCACCAAGGCAAAGGUACGAGAGGCCCACAGGAGGAUCAUGGUCUUAAAUCAUCCAGAUAAAGGUGGCUCUCCCUAUUUGGCGGCGAAGAUCAACGAAGCGAAAGACCUGCUGGAUUCCAGCUCCCGGCGCUGAGCACUCCACUCACACCCUCUCACAUUCUUCCCUGUCCUUGUGCCCCCCCCCCCCCCCCACCCCAAUCCAUCACACAGACUGAGAAGGCUCUUUACUCCAUGCUCUCCUUGUAGUGAGAAUCACUUCUGCCCACAGCACUACCACCUGAGUUCCCCCUUACCUCGGCCAUGUUAGCACAUUCCCUGACCCUGCUGCAGUUCUGCCUUUAGCCACAAGGGGGACUCAUGACUGAAGAGGAUGCUCACAUGGCUGUGAGCUGGAAAAUGUUGAUACAAAUGUGUAUUGUACUGCCUGUAUUGUGUGUGUACUUGUAUUUAUCACGGUGCAUUGUCAUCAGAGGCAGUAACCAUUUAUCCCAGCGGUUUGAGCUACUGUGUACAUUUGUCACGUCACAGGGAAUACAGUGGUAGCUCUGAUAUGCAGUUUACCUCAUUCAUUUCUGUUACCACAAGAAUGCGAGAGCACAGGGAAAGGAAGCCUGGCUGCAGUGUUUGCAAAUACACCAUGCAUUGUAGUUUUUAAUCAUUUAACCUUGUGAAUAAAGCUUCUCGUAUAAUUGGACUUUAUGAAUCAUGUUUCAUUGGUUGUUUCAUAGGUCUGUAUUUUUAACUGUCCUUUUAUGUCCUGCCAGCAAAGUUGGAGAAAAGGAGAAUUAUGUCUUUGUCUUGUCCUGCUGUCACAGAAGGGACUUCUGGUCCAUGAUGUAGCUCUUCUUCUGUAAAUUCUGAUGAAACAUUUUAUUGUUGUCCUGACAAUGUCCCAAAACCCUGUUGAUUUCCAGGCCAGAGUUGUGCAGGCUCUUGGUUUUUCUAAAGCCAUAUCUCUCACUCGGUCAAUCGCGUAUCGAUUUUGACUUGCGUUAUAUGUUGUUUUUACUCUUCCCCAGAAUCCUGUUUAUGAAAAGAUCAAACGGCGACUGUCCAUUUUACUGAUGUCAUUGUCUCUGUUAUGCACUCUUGCAGCUCAUUCACGCAGUUAAUGACCACAUAAACAUCCACCUCAUAAAUGCUGCUAAAUCAGUACCCCACCACAGUUUCCAUUUCUCUGUAUUUUAUAAAUUUUACUGAACCUCCUUCUGUGUACAUUUUGUAAUUUGCUGACCCAGGAAGGAUUGCCUCAUAUUAAA